AUGUCGUUCUUAACGUGGCGUUUCGUGCGGAGUUUUAUCCCUUUGGAUGUGGUGUUGAGGUCACGGGGACUGGUGGUUCCUUCCAGGUGUGGGUGUUGCUUUGCGGAGGAGGAGGCUCUCUUGCAUGUGUUUGUUUCAGGGCCGAUUGCAUCGGAGGUAUGGAAGAGAAUGUCUAGCCGGUUUGGGUUUCAGUUGAGCAACUGCACAAGCAUGGCCGCGGUAUUUAUCGCAUGGUUUCUGACGUAUGAGGCUUUGUUGAAAACCCAUAUUAAGGUACUCAUUCCAAUUGUGGUGUGCUGGUUUCUCUGGCUGGCAAGGAACCAGGAGCGUUUUCAAGGAGGGCGUUGGGAGGUCAACAGGAUUAUUCGCGAGGUGGAUAGUUUUAUGGAACAGUUGGGGAGGGCAAAUAAGCUUUGUCGGUCCCAGUUCUCAGGUGAUGCCGAUUGUGAGUUGCUUCGGUGGGUCAGAGGGUCUCCGAGGCGACGUUCCCCAUGUGCGAUUGCCUGGGAAAGGCCGCCCUUUGGGGAGUUUAAGUUUAAUUCGGACGCCAGUGUGCUUCAAGGGAGGGCCACGGGGGGUGGGUUGCUACGUGACUAUCAGGGGAAGUUGGUUUUUACCUUCUAUAAGGAGUUCGGGGAUCAGGGGGUGUUAGAGGCAGAGUGUAUGGCAUUACUCUGUGGGUUGCAGUUGUGUCUACAACGGGGAGUGUAUCCUUCAUUGGUUGAGGUUGAUUCCAAGGCCUUGGUGCAGUUGGUUGUCUCUGGGGCGAUUGCGAAGUGGCCUCUUUGUAACAGUUUAAGGAAGGUGAGAGGUCUGCUGGAGGUUUUUUCGGCUGCCAUUUCACAUGUAUAUCGGGAGGCCAACGUACCCGCAGAUAGGCUUGCAGCGGUUGGGUUAAGUGGCUCUCAGGUUUAUGAGCAGGGACGCUAG